UGCAUAUGCUUGCAGAUCGCAUAUGCUUGCAGAUCACAUAUGCUUGCAGAUCGCAUAUGCUUGCAGAUUGCAUAUGGUUGCAGUUCGCAUAUGGCAUAUGGUUGCAGAUCACAUAUGGUAUAUGCUUGCAGAUCGCAUAUGGCAUAUGCUUGCAGAUCGCAUAUGGCAUAUGUUUGCAGAUCGCAUAUGGCAUAUGCUUGCAGAUCGCAUAUGGCAUAUGCUUGCAGAUUCGCAUAUGGCAUAUGCUUGCAGAUCGCAUAUGCUUGCAGAUCGCAUAUGCUUGCAUAUGGCAUAUGCUUACAUAUGGCAUAUGUUUGCAUAUGGCAUAUGCUUGCAGAUUGCAUAUGCUUGCAGAUUCGCAUAUGGCAUAUGCUUGCAGAUUGCAUAUGCUUGCAGAUCGCAUAUGCUUGCAGAUCACAUAUGCUUGCAGAUCGCAUAUGCUUGCAGAUUGAACAUGGUUGCAGAUCGCAUAUGGCAUAUGGUUGCAGAUCGCAUAUGGCAUAUGCUUGCAGAUCGCAUAUGGCAUAUGCUUGCAGAUCGCAUAUGGCAUAUGCUUGCAGAUCGCAUAUGGCAUAUGCUUGCAGAUCGCAUAUGGCAUAUGCUUGCAGAUCGCAUAUGGCAUAUGCUUGCAGAUCGCAUAUGGCAUAUGCUUGCAGAUCGCAUACGGCAUAUGCUUGCAGAUCGCAUAUGCAAACAUAUGGCAUAUGCUUGCAGAUUGCAUAUGCUUGCAGAUCGCAUAUGCAAACAUAUGGCAUAUGCUUGCAGAUUUCAUAUGCUUGCAGA